CUCCAAUGAUCGGAAUUCGAUACCCGGGAUUGACAAAAGCGACUUAUAGCCUAGCUAACCAGCCUGGACGACACUUGGUUACGUGUGUGGUCGUCUUAACGGUGGUACCCGAGGCACCACAAGGUUUUCAUUAUCAUCUCUCGCGCAGAUUGUUUGUUUUUGUUGCUUAACACCUCGGCUUCGUCCAUGUUCGUGCUGUGAGCGCCGCCGUAGUUCUAAAUCAUGUGAUAAUUUAUUCGAAUAUUCGGUGUGUGCAAGCCGUGUUAAAGAAUUCGCCGCAGAUUUUGACUUUGGUUCGUGAGGUGCGGUGAUAGGGAAAAUAACAACAAAAAACUUGCAGUCAUUAGGUCAUUGAAGGGUGAAAUAUAAUCGGCCAAGAUGGGGGCCAUGUUUAGGAGUGAGAAGAUGGCCCUGGCCCAGCUCUUCAUCCAGCCGGAAGCCGGGUACUACGCCAUAUCAGAAAUGGGAGAAACCGGAUGUGUACAGUUCCGUGACCUCAACGGAGAUGUGAACGUGUUUCAAAGGAAAUUCGUUACGGAGGUCCGAAGAUGCGAUGAGAUGGAACGAAAGCUUAGGUUCAUCGAGACUGAAGUGAAAAAAGACAACGUCAGAAUACCAGAUGUCAAGGAACUACCUAAAGCACCUAAUCCUAGAGAAAUCAUCAAUCUCGAGGCCCACUUAGAGAAAACAGAGGGCGACAUCAAGCAGCUCAUGGAGAACUCCGUCAACUUGAAAUCCAACUACUUGGAACUCACAGAACUCCGUCACGUGCUCGAGAAAACUCAGGCCUUCUUCAGCGAACAAGACGAAGCCAAUGGGUUUGACUCUGCCCAUAAAGCUUUGAUCCCUGACGAUCACAAUAUAUCCGUAAGAGGUCGCCUUGGUUUCGUGGCUGGUGUCAUCAACAGGGAAAGGGUGCCAGCAUUUGAAAGGAUGUUGUGGAGAAUAUCCAGAGGAAACGUUUUUUUGAAACGAGCCGAAAUUGAAACCCCACUGGAAGAUCCAACUACAGGAAAUGAACACUACAAAACAGUAUUCGUCGCUUUCUUCCAAGGAGAGCAGCUCAAAACCAGAAUCAAGAAGGUCUGCGCAGGCUUCCACGCAUCGCUGUAUCCCUGCCCCAACACUCAGCAAGAACGAGUCGAGAUGCUCAAAGGAGUAAAAACAAGAUUGGAAGAUUUGCAGCUGGUUCUGAACCAAACACAAGACCAUAGAAAUAGAGUUUUGGUGAGCGUGGCUAAAGAACUACAAAACUGGAGUAUAAUGGUGAGCAAGAUGAAAGCAAUUUAUCACACUCUGAACUUGUUCAACAUGGACGUGACCAAAAAGUGCCUUAUUGGUGAAUGUUGGGUGCCUUCUAACGAUAUUCCUAAUGUCCAAAAAGCCUUAGCAGAUGGAUCGAGCGCUUGUGGAAGUUCCAUUCCAUCAUUCCUCAACGUUAUCGAUUCCAACGAACUACCGCCUACUUUUAUAAGAACGAAUAAAUUUACCAGAGGAUUCCAGAAUCUUAUCGACGCCUACGGAGUCGGUUCAUACAGAGAAUGCAAUCCAGCCUUAUACACAAUCAUUACAUUCCCAUUUCUCUUUGCUGUGAUGUUUGGUGACUGUGGUCAUGCAAUUAUUAUGUUUGCCUUCGGACUAUGGCUUGUAUUGGCCGAGAAAAAAAUUGGAGCAAUGAAAAAUAAGGGAGAAAUAUUCUCUAUCUUCUUUGGAGGUCGUUACAUUAUACUUCUCAUGGGAAUAUUCUCGUUUUAUACAGGGUUUGUGUACAAUGACUUGUUCUCAAAGUCCAUGAAUAUCUUCGGCUCAAGUUGGAAGGUGAACGAGACAGCUCUUGGAGAAGGUUUCACGUUGCCUACCCAUGAAGAUGACACCAUUGAAGGGCAGUUUACACCCAGAGAGAAUUAUAUAGGAGAACCGUACUUUAUUGGUAUGGAUCCUGUCUGGCAGGUAUCAAAGAACAAAAUUAUUUUUGGCAAUUCCUUCAAAAUGAAGCUGUCAAUUAUCUUUGGCGUGGCUCACAUGAUAUUUGGUGUCUGCGUUAGCACCUUCAAUUACAUUCAUUUCAAGCAAAAGAUGCAGUUGAUUCUUCAGUUCAUCCCACAGAUACUGUUAUUGACAUUCCUCUUCUUGUGGAUGGUUAUCAUGAUGUUCAUGAAAUGGAUCAUAUAUUCUGGACAGUACGAUCAUAUAGACACAAAACUCGGCUCUUCUUGCGCACCUUCUGUUUUGAUCUACUUCAUCAACAUGAUGCUGUUCAAAAACAGGGACCCAGAAAAAGACUGCGACGAAUACAUGUUCGAAUCACAAGGCGAUGUCCAGAGGAUCUUGGUCCUACUCGCCUUGCUCUGCAUCCCAUACAUGUUGCUGGGCAAACCAAUUUACAUCAUGGUUAACAGAAAGAAGACUCAGAAGCCACAAAUAAACGGCAAUCAGGGUAAAAGAAAUGGUGACAUUAACCAAGGUCUCGAAAUGAACGAAGUGACAGAAAACAGCACAGAUCCCAAUGCGCCAGCUGGUCAAACUCAGGUGAGCCAUCAGCAUGAAGAAGAGGAACCAGAGGAGGAACCUAUGGGUGAAAUUUGGGUGCAUUCCGCCAUUCAUACCAUUGAAUACGUGCUGGGUACCAUUUCGCACACGGCCUCAUAUCUCCGGUUGUGGGCGUUGUCACUUGCUCAUUCACAACUAUCAGAAGUAUUAUGGAACAUGGUCUUCCAAAUGGGACUGAAGCGAGAAGGGUUCACAGGCUGCAUCACUGUCUACAUCUUUUUCGCUGUGUGGGCUGUGUUCACAGUGGCCAUCUUAGUAUUGAUGGAAGGAUUAUCUGCUUUCCUUCACACGCUGCGUCUUCACUGGGUAGAAUUCAUGUCGAAAUUCUACAGCGGUGAAGGUUACGCCUUCGAUCCGUUCAGUUUCAAGGCCAUCCUGGCUGCAGAGGAAGAAGGUGGUGAAUAAAGAAGAUUAAUUUUCUCAUUUUAAAUUUUGUUUUGUUCGUGUAGAGAAAUCUGCGAUUUUAAAGUAUUAAUAAAACGAUUUUCUUCUUUAAAAAAGGUUUUAUUUUUGUCGUUGAUUAUAUUUUAGUCUAUAGAAUUUUAUUUUGAAGAUGUAUUGUUUUCUUUAAAGUACAAUAUAUUUAGUUUGUUG